AUGGGCUCUCAGGUGUGUGGUCUCAACCCGAAGAAGGCGGAGGCAGGGACGAAGCCGGGAAGCCUUGUCCUCAACCAAUAUGGGCUCCCAGGUGCGUGGUCUCCACCCGAAGAAGGCGGAGGCGGGGACGAAGCCGAAGAGCUUAUCCUCAACCAAGAUGGGGUUUCAGAAGACGGCGGAGGCGGGGACGAAGCCGGAGCACUUAUCCUCAACCUAGAUGGGGUUUCAGGUGCUUGGUCUGAAGCUGAGAAGACGGCGGAGGUAGGGACGAGGCCGGAGCGCUUAUCCUCAACCAAGAUGGAAGACGGCGGAGGCGGGGACAAGGCCGGAGCACUUGUCCUCAACCAAUAUGGGGUUUCAGGGAAGGCGGAGGCGGGGACGAAGCCAGAGCGCUUAUCCUCAACCAAGAUGGGGUUUCAGGAAGACGGCGGAGGCGGGGACGAGGCCGGAGCACUUGUCCUCAACCAAUAUGGGGUUUCAGGGAAGGCGGAGGAAGGCGAAGGCGGGGACGAGGCCGGCACGGACGAGGCCGGAGUGCUUGUCCUCAACCAAUAUGGGGUUUCAGGGAAAGCGGAGGCAGGGACGAGGCGAAGAGGUGCAGCCGCCACGCUUAUCCUCAACCAGAAUGGGGGCCAGGGGGAAGAGGCGCAGCCGCCACGCUUAUCCUCAACCAGAGGCGGGGACCAGGCCGGGGCGAGCAUCCUCAACCAAUAUGGGGUCCCAGGUGCCUGGUCUCCACUCCAAGAAGACCGAGGCGGGGACGAGGCCGGAGCGCUUAACCUCAACCAAUAUGGGGUCCCAGGUGCGUGGUCUCCACUCGAAGAGGACGGAGGCCGGGACAAGGAUGGAGGGGACAAGGCCGAAGUGCUUAUCCUCAACCAAUACGGGGUCCCAAGUGCGUGGUCUCCAUUGCAAGAGACCAAGGCGGGGACGAGGUCGGAGCGCUUAUCCUCAACCAAUGUGGGGUCCCAGGUGCGCGGUGUCAACCUGAAGAAGACGGAGGCGGGGACAAGGCCGGAGCGCUUAUCCUCAACCAAUAUGGGGUCCCAGGUGCGUUAUCCUCAACCAAUAUGGGUCCCCGGUGCGUGGUGUCAACCUGAAGAAGACGGAGGCGGGGACAAGCCCGGAACGCCUAUCCUCAACCAAUAUGGGGUCCCAGGUGCCUGGUCUCAACCUGAAGAAGACAGAGGCGGGGACAAGGCCGGAGCGCAUAUCCUCAACCAACAUGGGGUCGCAUGUGUGAUCAUGUGUGUUAUCCUCAGCCAAUAUGGGGUCCCCGGUGCGUGGUGUCAACCUGAGAAGACCAACCUGAAUGGAGGUCGAGAGGUGCAACUGCCAUGCUUGAAUGCGG